AUGACUGCCGAAUUCAAUUUCGUCGCUAAUUCAUCAUCUUCAAACCCUAGAUUUUCCCUCCAUUUUAAGCCUCAUUUCGGCGAUUUCUCGAUCAAAAAAUCGCAUUCUUCUUCUUCGUUAUCGUUAUCUCCGUUCAAUUCGAUCAACCGAAACGACACCGUUUUUGAGGCUGAGGAUAAUUCUUUGGAGAUGGUUGAGAAGCCGAUUGUAGAUGCGGAUACAGGGGAUUAUUUCUCGGUGAAAAAUCCAAAUUCAGAGAGUAAAAUUACCACAUUACCCUUGAAAUCAUCGGUUGAGAGAGCCGUUGAUGGGAUGGAGUUAGGGGCAAAAACGGUACUUCCAAUCAAAAACGGCGCCGUUUUAAAGCUCCGGUGGGGAGUGAAGAUACCCGAAGGAUUCAAAUCUCUGAUGAAGAAUCCGACGGCUAAGAUGUCGCCACGUGGGAUCCCGCAAUUGGUGCUGAAUAAGAUUGGGAUUGAACACGUGGCAAAGGAGGAUAGGAAGGUGGGUCCCAAUGAAGUGGUGGGCCUGGGCCCGUAUGGUGGCGGUGUUAGUGGUGCUGACCUGGCAGAGACUUGCUUUACUGUGAAACGGCAGCUUGAAACGCUGCGCUCUGAGAAUGCGGUGUUAGGGAAGGCGUUGGAUGAUUUGAAGGCUGAGUUUGGGAAUAAAGGGUUUAAGGUUAAGGAAGGAGGAGAGAGAAAAUUAAAUGAGAUUAAGGAAGGUGAUGCUGGGGUUGGAAAUUAG